UCUCCUCGUCUUCCUCCUCUCCCCGGCUGGCGCACUUCUCUUCCGGUGCUCCUCCGCCAUUUCCCUUCGUCCCCACCACAGAUCCACACCACCGCCGCUCACCGCCUCAGAUGGCUUCUCCGUCGGGGAAUCCUAACCCCGCCCCCAGCGCCCCCUUCGAGCUCAGCAAGCUCUUCCGGCCCCCGCCUAACCCUAACCACCCCACCACCGCCCCGAGCCCCACCGGCAUCUUCCCGGGCGCGCCUGGCCCCGCUACCGGGCCACCGCCCACAGGGCCCUACUCCUACCCGCCGGCCACCCCGCCCUUCCACCGCGGCCCCUACCUCCACUAUCCCAACGACCCCCACGGCUUCCACCACCCCGCCGCGGCCGCCUUCGCCAUCGCUAACCCCACCGCAAACCCUAUCCCGAACCCAGGCCCGGGCCCGAACCCGGGGGCUCGGCUCAUGCAGCUUCUCGGCAACACCGCGCCCACCCACCUGGAGUCGGCGUUGGCCAUGCCGCCCUCGUCAGAGUUCUCCGCGGCCUCUGCGGCGGUGCUCCCGGCGUCAUCAUCCGCGCCACCGGCGAGGAUGCCCAGCAGCAAGAUGCUGCGCGGGAGGCUGCUGGGGCCCGGGGACCGAGUGGUGCACGACGUGGACUCGCGGCUGCCAGGGGAGGCAGAGCCGCCACAGCUGGAGGUGACGCCCAUAACCAAGUACACCUCGGACCCCGGGCUGGUCCUCGGCAGGCAGAUCGCCGUGAACAGGACGUACAUCGUGUAUGGGCUUAAGCUAGGCAACAUCCGUGUGCUCAACAUUAACACUGCGCUCCGCUCCCUCCUUCGGGGGCACACACAGAGGGUGACGGACAUGGCCUUUUUUGCAGAAGAUGUCCAUCGUCUAGCAAGUGCAAGUGUAGAUGGGCGGGUAUAUGUUUGGAAGAUUGAUGAGGGACCUGAUGAGGAAAAUAAACCUCAAAUCUCAGGAAAGAUUGAAAUCACCAUCCAGAUUAUAGGAGACGCUGAAACCUAUCAUCCGAGAAUAUGUUGGCACUCUCAUAAGCAAGAGAUUCUGUAUGUUGGAGUUGGGAAUUGCAUCUUAAGAAUAGACAUAACAAAAGUGGGAAGAGGAAGAGACUUCAAUACGGAAGAGCCUCUAAGAUGCCCACUUGACAAGCUCAUUGAUGGUGUGAGCGUAGUUGGUAAACAUGGUGGAGACAUUACUGAUCUCUCCAUAUCUCAAUGGAUGACUACACGUCUGGCUUGAGCAUCAAAAGAUGGCACGGUAAAGGUCUGGGAUGAUCGCAGGGUAGCCCCUCUGUCUGUGCUGAAACCACAUGAUGGUCAAGCUGUUUACUCGGUUUCUUUCCUUACAGCACCUGAACGACCAAAUCAUAUAAAUCUUGUUACAUCAGGCCCACUCAACCGAGAAGUAAAAAUUUGGGCCUCCACUAAUGAAGAAGGCUGGUUGUUGCCAAGUGACUUGGAGACAUGGAAAUGCACUCAAACGUUGGAACUUGUAAGUUCUCUGGAACAUAGGUCCGAGGAGGCAUUUUUCAACCAAGUUGCAGUGUUGCCACACGCUAGCCUUAUAUUGCUUGCAAAUGCCAAAAAGAAUGCUAUUUAUACUGUGCAUGUUGAGUAUGGUCAAGAUCCCGCCUCAACUCGGUUGGACUACAUAGCAGAUUUUACUGUUACUAUGCCCAUUUUGAGUCUCACGGGAACACAUGAAACCCAUCCUGAUGGUGAACAAGUUGUUCAAGUUUAUUGUGUCCAGACAAUGGCUAUCCAGCAGUAUGGGUUGGAGUUAUCGCUCUGUCUUCCUCCUACAGCUGAUAACACUGGAUCUGGAAGAGACCCUGCUAUUUCUCAUUUAAACGAGAGGCUUCCAGAAAUGGCAGCACUGGCGCCUUCCACAGGAACUACUCCCGUUGAAUCUUCUAUUGCUGUUUCAACUAAGCCAUCAAAUGACAGUCAGGGCACAGCUCUUACAUCAAAGAUGAAUCAGGCUGGAUCUCCCGUUGUCUUAAGUAGACAUCCUUCGGUGGGUGAUCGUGAUCGUGAUGCGGACCAGUCAUCUUUUGGUAGAAAGGAUAGCUUUGGAAAGGAAGAGCCGAGAGAUGUCCGGAGUGAUGGUGUAGUCACUUCUGCAGAAACAUUUGCAAGUGGCACCUCACAGAACGUGGAAGCAGAGGCAAAACAUGUAGAUGUGAGAAAAUCAAAUCAUACUGUUGAACUUGAGGUUGGUAAGGAGACCCAAAUUCUUCCUGAGAAAAAAGAGAGACCUGUCAUGCCUUCAGAGCAAACUGUAGAUGCUGUCAGCGAACGCACAAUAACUGACAAGUUCAGUGUAGAAGAUUCACAGCCUCUGCCUGAUAGAUCAGUACCGACUCUUUUGAAACAGUCUUCUGGGGCUGGAGAUGAAAGUGUUGUGAAGAGAGCAACUGAAGCUUCUGAGGGAACUGAACGUCCUUGCGCCUUAAGGGAUUUACCAUUACCCUCAACUACCAAUGAGGGAAAAAUCAUACAUCCUCAAGUAUCUGGGCAAUUAUCUCCUUCUACAAGCACAUUCAACUCUGCUGAUUCCUCGCAAGAACCUCGAAUCAAUGAGAACCCUCCUAUUGAUCCCUCCCUGCAAACUGCAGCUAUUCAAGGAACACUGCAACAGCUUAUGACCACAUAUAGUAACCUGCAAAAGCAGUUGAGUAUGCUUGUAUCUGCUCCAAUUGCAAAGGAAGGCAAAAGAAUUGAGGCAUCACUUGGUCGAAACAUGGAAAGGUCCAUCAAGGCUAACAUUGAUGCCAUGUGGGCCCGUUUCCAGGAAGAAAAUGCGAGGCAUGAAAAAUCUGAAAGAGAGCGAAUGCAGCAGAUGGCUACUCUAAUCGCAACUUCUGUAAACAAGGAUAUUCCUGUUAUGCUGGAGAAGUCAUUAAAGAAAGAAAUAUCUUCACUGGGACCUGCUGUUGCUCGAGCAACCGCACCUAUCAUUGAGAAGUCCUUGUCUUCUGCUGUGUCUGAUUCACUUCAGAAAGUGCUGGGUGACAAGGUUGUUAACCAGCUAGAUAAGUCUAUAAGCACAAAACUUGAAGCUAGUGUUGCUAGGCAGAUCCAAACACAGUUCCAUACAUCCGCCAAGCAGCCACUUCAGGAUGCGUUCCGCUCUAGCUUUGAGUUGUCAGUUAUUCCAGCGUUUGAACAAUCAUGCAAGAAAAUAUUUGAGCAAGUAGAUGGUUCAUUUCAGAAAGGCAUGUCUGAGCACAGUGCUGCUAUCCAGCAGCACGUCCUGACAGCACAUACUCCAUUAGCACAAACUCUAAGGGAAGCAAUCAAUUCAGCAUCGGCAAUGAAUCAGGGUGCUGCAUCAGAGUUACUUGAUGGCCAGCGCAAGCUUUUGUCACUAUUUGCAUCAGCGAGCCCAACAUCACAGAGCACAGGUGCUUUGCAGCCCAGUAAUGGACCGGUUGAUGCUCCAUUGGAUCCUAUGAAAGAACUAGGGCGACUGAUUGUGGAGCGGAAAUUUGAUGAGGCAUUUACAAUGGCUCUUCAAAGAAGCGAUGUCUCUAUAGUUUCUUGGUUGUGUUCUCAGGUUGAUUUGCAAGCAUUGUGUGGGACAGUUCCCAUCCCUCUGAACCAAGGGGUUCUCCUAGCCCUUUUCCAGCAGCUAGCGUGUGACAUUGCCAACGAUACGUCCCGGAAGCUUCAAUGGAUGACAAAUGUUGCUGUGGCAAUACAACCAACAGAUCCAAUAAUCGCAAUGCAUGUAAGGCCAAUAUUUGAACAAGUCUAUGGUGUCCUGGCACACCAGCGGUCGCUGCCAACAACCAAUGCAUCAGAUGCGAAAAAAAUCAGCUUAAUCAUGCAUGUGAUCACCUCAGUCCUGAUGAGCCACAAGUGAUGAUGCAAGGCGCAUUCUGACACUGCACUUUUGUACAUAGAAAAUUUUGCAUAGCAAAUGAAACUGAAAGAAAGGGAGUGACACAUUGUGCCCGACAAGACUAGGAGGCUAGUUAGCAGUGUGGAAGGUAUCUUCCGGUGUAAAUUGGUGGUACUGAGUUGCAUUUCGAUGUCGGGUUCAUUACCUUGGAUGUUGGGUUACCAGCACAAAUGCUAUAUUACAUGUAGCUUCAUAACUACAUUUCGAGUUCUGGCUUUGUGGAUAGAGAGGAUCGUGUGGGCUCGUCACUGUCUGGUGCUUGGUCGUGUAAAUGUGCAGCACACCCUCAGGGAUGCUUAAUAUGUUGGCUGUCCAGGCUCUGAAACCUGGAGCUCUGGAUCA